AUGGAGAAGGAAAUGGCAACCCCCUCACCAGGAGAAUUUCAUGGACAGAGGAACCUGGUGGGCUACAGUCCAUGGGGCCGCAGAGAGUCAGAUACCACUGAGCAACUAACACACGUGUUACCAACUAGGGCCACCAUGUUAUACAUUAGAUCCUCAGAACUUAUCCUAUCACUGAAAGUUUGUACCCUUUGUCCGGUGAGAGCUCUACUUUUAUUCUUUUAUUUUUUUGUUGUUAUGUAUUUAUUUAUUUGGCUGUGCUGGGUCUUAGUUGUAGCAUGUGGAAUCUCGUUCCCUGACCAGGAAUUGAACCCAGGCCCCCUACGUUGGGAACGUGGAGUCUCAGCCACUGGACCACCAGGGAAGGCGGGGGAGCUCUACUUUAGAUGGGUAGUGAGGGAAAGCCACUCUGGGGAGGUGACAUUUAAACUGAGACACAAUGUAAGAAAGAGGCAGACAGGCAAGGAGUUGGGCAAGACAGUUCCAGAUGGACACACCAGCAUCUUCAAAGCCCUGGAGUGGAAAGCAGUGUUUGGUACCCCCAAGCCAAAGGAGGCAUGA